GACAUAAUUGACAAUGACAAUCAAAAAUGUCGAGUGAAAUUUGUUGAUCUACAGUUUUAGUCAUAAUUAGAUUUAUUCUUAUUAUUUAAGUAUUAAUUUUUUUUACAAAAUAGGUCAAAUAAAGAUGAGUAAUCACCACAAUGGUGCUAGAACUGGAGAAACCGAACAAAUGGCACAAUCUCAAUGUCUGAAAGUAUUUAUUCAAAGAGAUUAUAGUGAAGGAACUCUUGUAAAAUUUCAAAAUAGAUUUCCUCAAGAACUGGAAGGAAGACUGGAGAGGCAAGCAUUUGAGACCACAGUAAACAGACUGAAUGCUUUUUUUGCUGAAGCUGAAAAGGCUACUUGCUCUACAUAUUGUGAAGGAUGUCUAGCAUGUUUAACUGCAUAUUUAAUAUAUAUUUGUAAAGAAACACAUUAUGAAAAGUGUUUGAAGAAGGUAUCCAAAUAUAUAGCUGAACAAAAUGAAAGAGUAUAUGAACCUAGAGGACUUAAAUUGACUGAUCCAAGCUUAAGAGGAUUAAGAGUACUUGAAAUCAGCUGUCUAGAUCGUCCGCCUAAUGCAUGACUCACGUUAUCCCACUCCACGCAGGAGUUUUUCAUGUGAAACUUGAAAUAUUCCAAAACAAUUUUUGGUAUACAUUAUUAUCAUUGGUAGUAGCAAAAAAAUUCUGCCAAAGUGGUGUAAGACUGGUAAAUGCCAAACAGGCUAACUUUUUUAUAUUUAUACAAUUUUUGUCAAAAUUUUGUUUUGGGAGGUGUUGGAAGAAACAUUUUCUAUAGUUCUGCACUAUUUUAAUUGUUAUUGAUGUAGGAAUUUAAAAUAUGUUUAAGAAACUGUUGAGCUCUUGAAAAUUUCACUUCGCAUUCAUCAUGGAUUCCAUUUUGUCAUAUCUUUUUUUUUGUGUUGAAAUUUGAAAAUAUUUGUCUUAAAUAUGUAUUAAUCUCACCAGUUUCUUCUCUAUUUUUUUUUAUAAGCGAGUUUCCAUUGUUGUGAAAAUCUCAUUUUAAUUUUUUCAAUAUGACUUUUAGAUUUUAACCUUAGGACUUUAUAACAUUUGGUAUAUAUGUCACUAAGCAUAAAUAAAAGUAUUCCAAAAUUAUGAAAUUUUUACAAAACUUAUUAGACAAAAAUAAUCAGGUUUACUUAAUCCUAGCAGUAAUGUAUAUCAGGAUGAAUAGAUCCUGGUAGUACACAAUAGCAAACAAAAAUAUAAUUAUCAAAGGCUUAUAAUAUUUUAUUCAAAUCUAAAUUAUUAAUAUGGAGUAGAACACUCGAUAUAAGGUAGUGCUAGGGUCAUUGUAAAAUCCGUUACAAAAAAUCAUGAUAAUUAAUCUAGAUUUUUUUGAAAAAAUUAAUUACGUUUAACCUCAUAGUGCGCAUUUUUGCAAAUCUGAUACACCAUUCUAUUAUAUAACCUAAUUUGAGUCUGACCCAUAUAAACUCCUUGAAACGAUUCGAGUUUAUAAAAAAUGCAUGCAUUUCAAUGACAUUGACAAUUUUGAUCAAAAUAAUACAGAACUAGAUCACCUACAUAAAUUACGCCCUGUCAUUGACCAACUGAUUAAAAAAUUUCAAAGCAUUACAUUAGAAAAAAACUUUCAGUGGAAGAACAUGAUUAUAUAAAACAAUAUAUGCCUGCUAAAAUGGGGCUACAAACUAUUUAUUUUAUGUGGAGCUAGUGGAUAUUCAUAUAACUUUGAAAUUUAUACUGGUACACAAAAUGACAAAAAUCAUCGCCGUUUAGAAGAACCUGAUCUAGGUGCAAGUGCCAACGUGGUCGUUAAGUUGACCAAAAUUGUCCCACGAGCCCAGAACUUUUUUUAUAUUUAUAUUUUUAUUUAUUAUAUUUAUAAUCUAAUUUCACAACUACUACAAGUCUCUGCCUUUACUACACUAUCUCGCUAGGUACUGUUAGACUUAAUUGUAUUCCAAACUGCAAAAAACAUAGACCGUGGGAUAUCUGUUGAAUAUGUUUGUGAUCUUGAAGGUAUGGAAAUAUUAUCCGUUUCCUGGAAAGAUAACAAAAGUGUUUGUUUGCUAUCAACUUAUUCUGGAGAGUUACCAAAAGGAAAAAUUGAUCGAUAUGACAGAAAAGCAAAGUGUGGUCUCAGUGUAGCUCAAGACUAUAACCUCCAUAUGGGGUGCGUCGUUACAAAAUCAAAAUAAAAUCUAAAAAGUGGUAUAUGAGGUUGUUCUACCAUCUUGACAUGGCAGUUGUAAAUUCUUGGUUGCUUCACUGAAGAUUCCUUGCACGAAAGUAUAUAAAACUUACAGAUUUUAGGUCUGAGAUUGCAUAUUAUUUGUAUAAUGUCACUUUUAACCAUAUAGUGAAAAGGGGUAGGCCAUCGGAUCUUGAAAAAGAAAUACAGUAAAAAAAUAAAAGGUUAACAAUAAUAUCCCACGUUGCUCCAAAAGAUGUAAGGCUGGAUGGCAAAUCACAUUGGCCAUUGUACAGAAACGAAAGGCAGAGAUUCGAGUUUCUCAAAUGUACUUUUUUUACUUAUAUACAAUGUUCCAAAUGCAGAUCUCAUUUUUGUCUCAAUAAAAAGAAUAAUUGCUUCCAGUAGUUCCACGAUACUGAGUAUGUGUCAUAUCUGGUACAAUUUAUUUUUUUUAAUACACUUUUUUAAUAAGUCUUUAAUUUUUUUACUCUUUUUGGUGGUUAAAUCGCCCGCCAAAGCACCAAAAAAUAUAUUUUUCAGUUCACUAGAAAAAAUAGCGCACUAUAGGGUUAAUAUAAAUGUAAAAGUAUUCAUAUUAUGUGGAUAACAAAGAAUGCAAUUUUGCGUUUGGCUGCGAUUUUUAUUUUCAGAUUUUUAGAGGAUUUACUAGAUCUGGGGACAAAAAAAUAAUAACUCUGAUAUCAUAAUAUAUUUGCUAGUAGUUAAACAACAAAGAUAUUUCAUUUUUCUUUUUAAUCUAUAUUAAAUAAGUCUUUGUUCUCAUAUUUCACAUGCAACAUCACAGUAUUGUUUAUUGUUACUUUGUAUGUUUUAUGAAAUAAUUUUUCACCUCAAAUUAUUUGAGUUAUUGAUAUUAUAAUAAUAUAACUAAGUUGUUGUUCUUAAAUAAAAGUAGUACAUAUAUAAAUGACAUAUAAAAUAAAUGAUUAAGUACUAGCUUUUUUCAAAAAAUUUGACUAUACUCUCAAAAUUGAGAACAUAUAAAAGUAACAAAACUUGUAGGAACAGUAACGUAGUUAUAUUUAUAAACUUUAAUAAUAAAACUUUCUUUUUUAUAAUAAUUAGACUGCGAAACUUGAAAAAAACAGGUACGCUUUAACUGAGAUCAAAAAAAUUAGCUUUUAUUUUAUUUUUCAAAUAUUUCUAAAGGAAUAUGGUAAUAUGCCCUUUUACCCUUAAUUACUUUUUUAGGUUCGAAAACAAUUCUUAGUAAGCUUUCGUAUUGUUCAUAAGAUACAUUGGUUUUGACCAAUUUAAAUGUUUUUCCGGUAUCAUCAAUAGACUUCAAGAAAACUAUUUUCACUUCUCCCUAUUCCUCUAAUGCACUUUUUCAAAGUAAAUAUAUCGGUUUUUCAAACUGUAAAUUUUUACUGGAACGUACACCCCUUCUUUGAUUUUACUUGGAUGAAUAUUUUCCCUCUCAGGGAUACUUGGUUUUGAGAACCACCAAAAUGAUGCGCUUGUAUCUCUUCCUGCAGCUUACAAUUGUAAUUCUCUAUAUUUCUAUACGUUGUUGAAAUAUCCACAAAAAAGUACGUAUCUUCUCCAAACGAGAUCUGAACCGUUACUAAAUUCAAGCAAACACCUGUUAGAAGCCUGACCGGCGCGAUUGCCAGUUAAUAUAUCUGAGGGGCGGCGUGUCGAAUAUUUUACAAAACACAAAGUUUUUUCUCAAGUCACCAAGCAGUCUCAAGUUACUCGACCUGAUGGUAAAUACGGGUAUUAUCUCUUUACUAUAUAAUUUAUUUUUUGAAAUUAGCUUGGUAGAUAUAUAUCCCCUAAAAAUUGAAAGGGCUGAACUUCUAGUGAAGGAAUAUUUGUACAUUAUAUUGAAUUAAUAUUACCGGUUUUUUUUCUCUUCAAUAGUAUUCAGCCUAUCAAUAAAGGAUCCUUCAUUAAACUGUAGGUCUCUUCUAUUUGUAAUAGUAUUUCGGUCAAUUUAGACAUUCGAAGUUACAUAAAUUCCCAUCAAGCUAGAAAUUAGUAAAAUUGUUCAAAAUAUAAUUAAAAAUGAAAUUUGAAAGUUCUCGUGUAUGAAUAAAAAUUUAUUCAAGCUCACAUUAAAAAAAAUGAGUUCUUAACACAACGUUAAGUUUUAUCAUAAAAAUAUCUUAGACAAAAAUUGUAGAUCAUAAAAUUAUCUAGAAAAAACGUAUUAAUACUUUUUUUCUGUGAGCCACCGUUUCUGAGAUAUAAAGAUUCACGAAGUUGUAUAAAUAAUAUACAUCUCUAGAGUUGUAAUAUAUGUUGAAAUAUUUUUCUAUCAAUCAUUGUAAGUUAUACUUAAAAUAUAAAAUAUAGUCUAAGCUCUCCCCUCUCUUUAAGUCAUUCUAUCAGAUCAGCGAAAUAUAUUCUUUUUAGCAUGUAAUUUAACUCACCCUACCUUAAUCUGACGUGCUCAAGAAUUUAUGUCGAUCAAUUUUCUUCAACUAAUCUGAUUUUUUACACACCUGUGUUCGGAAAAAUCCGCGGAUGGGUGCAAAGAAGAACAGUCCAAUACUCCCUUUCAUUUCGACAGUUCGUCAUCCUAAUUCGCGUUACAGUUUCGCGCGUAAACUCUUUCCGCUCUCCUGAGUUUUCUGGGAAGUCUUAUCUUUUUGUUAAGAGUUAGCCUGUUAGCUAUACACUCUUGUCUUCUUGGUCUGGACGUCUUAAUGUGUGUGUAUUUUCGCUGCCUUGAGUAAACCUUUUCAAACCUUCGGCAAGAAAAGAUCUAAUCCAAGUGAUCCUUCUUUACAGCUGUCCCCGAUGUAUAACUCAGGACCUACGUAUUAAAAGCGCAGUUACUAUGUCAAGAAGUGUCCUUUUGUGGAGCCUGAUUUAUUUAUCAUUGACGGAUGGCGUAAUUCCAAGAAAGUAAUCUUUCGAAAAACUAGAAAAAAUUUGUUUAACCCUGUUUACAAAUAUUUUUUUUUGCCGGUUCGGUAUGUUAUACCGCUAUUCUCAAAAAUCGUGUUUUUUCCGCAAAUUUUUCUUGCAUUCGCCCUUUUUAUGAUGGUAUUUGCUUUCAGAAAUGUAGAAGGGUAAGAUAGGAAUAAAAAUAAACAUAGACAUUUUUUGCGUAAAAAAGUAUCAAUUAGUAUAGUCAUCUCUCUCUUCUAGCCGUUUUCUAUCCUUUGGAUAUAGGCCUCUCUCAUAUUUUUCCAGUUUUCCCUGUUCUGUGCCACUUGGUACCAGUUAAGUCCGGCUGUUCUCUUGAUAUCAUCAUACCAUCUUUGUUGUGGUCUGCCGGUGCUUCUUUUCUCCCCCCAAGGUCUCCAUCUUGUUAUUUUUCCGCUCCAGUUGGUGUUAUUUCGAGCAACAUGUCCGGCCCAGUUCCAUUUAAGACUACCUAUUCGCCUCACUAUGUCCUCGAUUUUGGUUCUAUUUCUUAUCCACUCAUUGGUUUUAUGGUCUUUAAGCGUUAUUCCUGAUAUUCCUGAUAGGAAUAACGCUUAAAGUAUAGUCAUACUUACAUAAUAAAAAAAGUUUAUUCUCUAAUCAGUUACCUACAUUUUCCCAAUAUCACAAAGUAAUAAUUCUCUUAUAACAAACCGCAGUAUAAAAGUUAGUUGGUACAUAUAUGUCAUUUAAUCAUGGAAAAUAAUACAAACAUGCAAUUAUCUUAGUGUAAAACAUUAUCAAUAAGUACAGUCAUACCUAAAUAAGAAAAGAAGUUUAUUUUCUAACCAGCUACCUACAUAUUCUACAAAUCAAUUUUCUCACAGCAGUAAAAGAAUAUACCCUAGACUAUAUACAAAAUUGAGGAAUCUAAAAAGCAAUGUUUCUUCCUUGUUACAGUUGCUGCAGUAUUUUUUAGCGUGUUCUAGGCGUUGAGUAAGAAGUACAUUGAUAGAAAGUUUUCCUUUUUUCUGCUGGAGUUUGCUGUUCUUCGAUUUGUCGAGACGAUCUCCUACUACUUGGCGUUCGACAUUCCUCUGACUUUUUUACUAAUGCAGGCAUCAUAGUAGUCCAUUCGCUGGGUAUAUUGGGAAUUAGUAACUUCUCUUUUUGAGAAAGUCAUAGGCCAGAGAAAAUGCUAUGCUUUUCAAAACAUCAAAUCUUGAUAUAUUAUGUGUAUCCCAUACCGUCAAGGUUAUAGAAAAAGGAAACUCACCACUAUACGAAGCGUAUCCCUCUAUCGCUGGUGUGCCCAACACGCUUGGCGGGAGGUGACUGAAGAUGUCAAGGUACCCCAAAACUCAAAUCCGCCUACAGCGAUAAUGGGGGCAAAAAAUGGAACCUAUAGCGGUAUGAAUUACUGGUGUGUGCACAGCAGGGUUAUAUCAAAAUAUUUUUUAAAAAAUGUCAAAAUGUAAACAAAUUCAGGCUACCGCCUCACCAAACACCAUCAACAAUGCUUUCUGUCCGAGAGAGGAGUACGGCGGGUUCUUAUGGAUGCGGCUGAACACGCCGAAAAUGUACCAAUCGUAGCUUGUUGUAAUGCUAUGGGCAACUCCACUCCACCUAUGAUAUUGUUUCGAGGUAAAAAUGGCACCUAAAGGCUCUAUGACGACACAACUCAUCAAUGGCUUUCUAAAACAUUUUGCUCAGUAUAAAUCGAUAGGAUAUACACUACUUGUAUUUGAUGGAACUACAAGCCAUUUAGAUUUUACCAUUGCUGAAACAGCGAGUCUCUUCGUAUCACUUUAUUCUGUUUGCCUUCAAAUACAACGCACGAGCUCCAGCCAUUGGAUAAGGCUGUAUUUCGCUCUUUUGAAGCAAACUGGGAUCAGGAACUUUUGAGAUACUGGGAUACCUUCCCACUAAGAAGCCUGAAAAAGAGUAGGUUCAACAUAAUAUUUUCCCGUGUUCGGCCCAAGUGUAUGACGCCGGAAAAUAUUGUGAGCGGAUUUAGAGCUACAGGAUUGUUCCCUCUAAAUCCUGAUGCCGCAUUCGCACCUUCUUUAGUAACUCAAAGACCCUUGCCCCAUGAAAUAAAUGAAAGUCUUCCGAGUUCAGACGAUGAAAUUGUUCCACUGGCGACUUUAAUUAGAAGAAGCACACCAAUUCCUCAACAAUCUUCUCCAACUAAGACAAUGAAUACGUCUUUUCAGGAAAUAGGGUUAGGCGAAUGGCGUUAAAUUAUAAAGUGAAGCAAGUAACGAAAAGCCUUUUCACGGAGGGACAUGGCCAAGCAGCUAUCCAACUUCGAAACUUUCAGUUCCGUCAACUUCCAAACAACGAGGUUCUAUCCCACAGUCCACGUGUAAUGAAGCUACACAGGAGUCAUGGUUAUGUGCAGACUGUUAAACAGAAGACCAACUAGAUAUGCGAAUGUGUUCAAAAUGUUUUAUUUGGUAUCACGAGGAAUGCGUUGGUCUUGAGUCUAAUGAAGAGUUCCAAUGCUGUUGAAUGUUUCCUUUUUAUAUUUUACUUUUUUAUGAAUUAGAAUUAGUUUAAUAUCUUGUAAACUCAUCUUAAAUAAAUUAAAACGACAUCAAUAUUCUUUAAGUUUGAAGAUUUUUACUGUGGGCCAUAUAAUCCGACCAGAUACGUAAUAUGGCCCAAGUGUAAUACAAUAAAGUAUUGCAUAUAACUCUACUGUGAAUCAUUUUUUACUAUGCUAAAUUAUAUAUAUAGAUUAUCUACAUACUGACAUAUUGAUAAAAAUUGUCCGACCAAGCACCAUAGUUUUAAUAUAAAAACAACAAAUACACUAAGGUGGGCCAUAUUUGCCUCCACUACCUUAUUUUUCUUGUGUUCAAAUUUUUUAAGCAUAUUUGAAAUUGUUUAUAAUAUUUUAGUUAAUAUAUGUGCUAGUUAGUAA